CUUCUCCACUUAGGAAAAUGCUGAUGAGCAGCUGUAGAUUUCCAAAACUCUUUAUCCCAACACUCUUGUCCUCUUGAAUAAACCGAGAAAGACAGAAAGACGUGAGAGCAGCUCUAAAACUUUCCACCCUAAGAUAUUAAGAUGAGCUCAGACUCAGUGGAGCAGUCGGAGGCUCCUCCUGACCAGAAAGAGCGAAACGGAGUAGACUUUAAUCGACAGAUUAAAACAGAGGACCUCAACGACUCCCCUCAUUCAGCGACCUCAGUGACAACAUGCCACCUAACACAGAGCUCUCCAGUGCAUGGGAGUCAGUUGACUGGGGAGCUCACCUCCCUCCAUCCAAUGCAGCAGCUUGUUCUGAUGCCACCCUCUCACUUGUCAACUCCAUCCCCCUUCCUUCUCUCGCAGAGUCCCUCCAGCCAUCAAGCCCUCCUGCAGCCAAACUUGCUGUCCCUUCCUGGACAGAGUCCACCGGGUCUUCUUCAGCAUCAGUCUGGGUUAGCUCUGACUCCCCAGGCUAUGAGUCGUUCCGGUUUGGCUGGGCCGUCCCUCGAGAACCACAUGGACAUGUCACACCUGCAGAUGCCCAAACACUUGUCUGUGACACCACAGGAGGAACCCAAUGAUUUGGAGGAGCUGGAGCAGUUUGCCAAAGCAUUCAAACAAAGACGCAUCAAACUGGGCUUCACUCAGGGAGAUGUGGGUCUGGCGAUGGGAAAACUCUACGGUAAUGAUUUCAGCCAGACAACAAUAUCACGAUUCGAAGCGCUCAACCUCAGCUUCAAGAAUAUGUGCAAGCUCAAACCACUGCUGGAGAAGUGGCUCAGUGAUGCAGAGAAUUCACCCUCUGACUCAAUGAGCACUUCAGCCUCUCUGCCGCCUCUGAUGGAAGGUUACGGACGCAAGAGAAAAAAGAGGACAAGCAUAGAAACAAACAUCAAGUUGACACUGGAGAAACGUUUUCUUGACAAUCCAAAGCCUAACUCAGAGGAGAUAACUCUAAUUUCUGAGCAACUUUCCAUGGAGAAGGAGGUGGUUCGAGUUUGGUUCUGUAAUCGUCGUCAAAAGGAGAAAAGGAUCUACUGUCCUGUAGCUACUUUACCAGUCAAAUCACACAGCUACAACUCCAGAAUGGCCUCAACUUCAAGGUCGUACAGCCCUUUGGCUUCAGGUGGAGUUUCUUCAAAUUCAUCCCCAAACAGCACAAGUCGGGAACCGUCCCCCAACAGUCUAUCUGCAGCUUCAGUUGCUUUGACCUCUCAGGUCAACCCAGCUUCCUACAGUGCACCAAGUUCUUGGUAUCGCACUUGGAAUCCUGCUGGUUAUCAUCACUGAGAACCACAAGCUGUACAUAUGAAGAUUUUGAAGAUUGCCGAAGAAGAAUGAAUAUUGAUUAACACUCUCCCUGCUUUCAGCAGGGUUACAACUCAAUGCUAUAUCAACAAAACAGAUACAUAACACAAACCAGGACUAUAAAGGCUUGGACUUUAAUACACACAUUUCCUGCCAGUUCAUCACUCAUGGAAGAUCCAAGAAGGCAGGAGCUGUUCGAUUAGUGCUUACAGGACUUCUUAUUUGACUGAAAAAUGAAGGAUCAAGAGAAAUAAUCAUCAGAAGUGACAGCAGGAAGUCUCAUGUUUGACUAAUCCAGCUAAAAACCCAAAUAAUUUAUUAAAAAAUUUACAAAAUUUACAAAAAAAAUCAAAACUGCUUCCUAAGUCAUCUUUGACAAACUGGUAACAUGCUGUUAACAGUGGUUAGGUGUGUUCUUAUUUAGUUUAAAUGUUGCUUAUAUAGCCCCAAUUUACAAAAAAUAUUUAAAAGUUAGUCACAUAUUACACAUUAAAUACAGUACAAAUGGAAGGACAAGGAAUAAGAAUACAAAGAUAAAGUAUUCUUAUCACUUUAGGAAAAUAUUCUUUGGAAUAUAAAAAUGAAAUUAACACUAGAUUACCUAAUGAUAUAACCAAUGCUGCUUAAGUAAUUUUUCUAAUUUUAACUGUAAAAUUGGACAAAGUAUCACUUUUUUCCAAACAAGUCUAGUCUAGAAAUAUUUAGAUAAAAAAACAAUCCAAAUGUGGUUUGAAAUGGAUGGUUUUCUAGCACAGACCAGUCUUUUAGGCAUUGUCUGUAAAUUUGUAACAUUUCUCCAAGUUGUUGUUAUUACAGUAGUUUAAUGUUAGCCUGCACUGUUCAGUCCAAAAUCAAAGUUUUACCUGUUUGGCCCAAAUUGUUAACUCAGAAAAGGGAAAUUGAAUUAGGGCUGCAACUAACAAAUAUUUUAAAAACUGAUUAAUCUAGCAAUAAUUCUGGUAAUUAAUUGGUUAAAAAUGUUUCACAUUCUGCAGAUUUUGUAUUUAUACAAAACCAGAAAUACAUUUAGAGAUUCAAAAUAAAUAAUUAAAUUCCUUUUUUUAAACACUAAAAAGAGAAUAAACAAUUUCUUAUCUAAAAUGUAAUAACUAUUAAUUUAGUGAAAGCUUGAUUAUUUGAUGCAAAGGAUGCAUCUAAAAAAUACUUCUAACAUCAACAUGUUAAAAAGCUCAGCCCUUUCUGCUUGUCACAGCAUCAAGUAUGGGGUGAACUGUUGAAGCUAAAACUAUCCCACAUGCAUAGAACAUAUUUAUGAAGGAUUUUUAAAAAAAAAUCUUAAAUGCAAAAUCUGUAUAUUUUUGUUCAGUUUGUAAGCAAAUUGCCUUUUUGCAUCCAUAUGCUCAAGUAAGCAAUCAAUUACUAAAUUAAUUAAUUUCAAUAAGUGAUUCAUCUUAAUUAAUUGUUUCAGCCUUGGUUAAAGAAUUUUAAACAACAUAAAAUCCACACAGCUAAAGCUUACAGAGAACUGGAAACUGCUGGAACCCCAGUGCAACUAGUUUAACAUCCUCACAGACAGAGAGAAAGAAGAAAACCUGCUUCAAAUGACACUUCAGAUUUGAACAUGGAGAAGCCAAAUGCCCUCUGAAGAUUCUGAUAGUCAAACCUAAAAACACAGUAUUAACUGUGUUUUAAGGUUUGUGAACAUUGUGGUGUCAGAAUCAUGUUGUUUGACUGCAAUUCGUGAAAGGUUUUGAAAGUGCUGUAGUGUUUCACUGAAGUGAAAAGUGAAGUGAAAACGAUGGAAUGAUUAAAAUGAAACUUAUGUAUGAGACUAUGUAUAUCGUGAUUUUGACAAAGAAGUCCUUCUAAACCAAAGAUUAAAAAUCAAAGCUGUAACAUUAAUGGCUAUGACGAGAGUAUGAAUUUAAAAGGAACACUUUAAUUAGCAGAUAACAGCAACUAGACCUGAAAUAAGGGGUGAAAUUAUGGCUUUACAAGCAAUCUGUUUUCCAGAAAUAAGCUAACUAAAGCUUCCUUCCAUAGUUUUAGAAAACUGUUUUUUAGUGUAAAAAUGAUUAAAAGUAAUUCUGAAAUCCUCCAGUUUAACUCUUCCAUAACCCGCAGAGCCCCCUUUCAGAGAAUGUUAUUGAAUGUUCACAGCCUAGAUCCCAUGCAGGCAAAAUGAAAGCAUGCAAAGCUCCUAUUAUUAUUUUUUCAAACGGGUAUGUUCUAUAUUAGUUAGUAUUGGUUUAUGGAAAACAAUAGAUCAGCUUGAAUUAGUUAAAAGCAUUUGUAGAAACAGCCGUUUCUUUAUUUUUAAAGGAUCUUUUGGUUUGUAAGAAAAAAAAUCUCGAUCUUUAAGCUGCAGUUUAGACCUCAUGAAAAAGUGCUGCCCUCUGCUGGACGUAAAUUAAGCUUCUUGCUACUUUAUUUUCCACUUUAUAUCCACUUUUCCCCAUGAAUCAAUUUCUAUUUGAAGGUCUGACCAUUUCUUUUAUUGUGUUUGAUUUUGGUUUGUAAUUUCUUUUUUCAUUGUUAAUUUGAUGUUUUAUUUAAUUGUAUGGAAAUGAUGCUGUGGCAUGGAAAAAAACACGUCACAGCAUUUGAUAAAGUCAAGUCAGUUAUGAUCUGUAUUGUUACAGUAGGUUCUUUCUGACAUGUUAUGAAUAAAAUUGUGUUUUCA